AUCAUUAAUUUAUAACAAAAAAGUGAUGUACUAAAUCAGCAAUAUUUUCUGCACAGACACAUGCACAACAGAAAUGUGCGGAAGAAUAUGGAAAUGAAAAAUCAAUAAACUCUCAAAUAACGUGCUUAAAAAUAUAUUCAAAUAUCGUAUUGCGUAUCCUAGUUUUCGAGACUUAACGUCUAUGGUAUUGCCUGUGUAUGUAUGCGUGGAUUAUGUGAAUGCGUUUGUAUAUGUUCGUUUGCGGGUGAGUUUACGCUUAUAGAAAUAUUCCCGCUGACGUUCUCGCAUAUUGGGAUAACAGGAAGCAAGCACAGAGUGAAGUUGCCGAACGAAUGAACCAGCAAGCCAUCUACACUGAGAAACGAAGAGGGCGAACUUCAACAACGACGCCAGCUGACCGAGCGCACAACUAACUGUCCAACCGACCGAAGGGAGUACGAAGUAGGAAACAGCAAAAGUACUUCCCUACGAAAGGAGUUAGACAAACCACGCUAUGAGAAACGAAAUAAAAAAGCAACGAUUGAAAGAAUAAGCGUUCGUGUAGUAAGCGUGCUCUCACGCGCUGGAUGCUAUUGGUUAUGGACAUAAAUAUUCAUAUACGGCUGUAGAAUGUCGGGUAGCCGUCCGCAUCCGCUUUGAUAUUUACUACUCUCUAUGAAAUUACUUUUUUUAGACUAAUUCGUUAUCAGUCAGUGCGUUUGUUUGUUUGUAGUGUGAAUCAGUACGUGCCCGCGAAACCAAAGUAUGUGGUGCCACAAAAGUAAACCAAAGCUUGUUUCAGUAGAUAAAUAAGAGUCUGUAACAACUCAUAUAUAAGUAAGACCAAAGCAAGUUCGCGUAUACGCCGUGGCACAAAAUCUAUGGAGUAAAAACAAAAUUCGUGAUUUGUAAAUGCGAAGAAAUUUAUAAUCAAGAACCAGGGCUACCUUACAGAAACAGGGAUAAAUUUGAAUACACCAAGAGGACAGCAGGGCAUACGCAGCGAGUUUUUAGGAUGCAUGUCAUUUCCACUACACACAUUGCUGCAGCAACCUGUUAAUGGAUUCUAUAAACUGCAAUCGCAGGCAUGUCUGAAUAGACCACAGUCGCCAAUAUUAUUGCAGUAUCCGGCCGGAGUUGCACACCCAGCGCAGGUCCACAGCCAGGCUCAUCAAACCCCUAGCCCAACGUCACGGAAUAACCAGAUUCCUAAUAGCAACGAUAAAUUCAUUCACUUAAAUCCCCACUCGCAGCCCCAGACAGCUGUGCCAGAGACAAGUGUCGCCAACGGUAUACGCACAAUGACAUCAACGCUGACAAGACAGAAAAGCGAAGAGGAUGUCAUGAGCAUCGACAGCAUGGCUCAGGCGACAGCUGGCAACAAUAUCGAGCAUCCAAUGACACUGAGCCGGAAGGCUUUGCAUCAGCGUGAUGCCGAUGAGAAUCUGUUUUUACGUUUCCUCGAGUUGGACCCACCCACAGAUACAGCUGCGCCUACAAAUGCCACCAGUGCCACACCAUCCGCUUCUGGCGGACGUCGUCUGUCCGCUACUAGUAAAUCCGUCGGUCGUACACCAUUCACUAUGACUAAAAAACUGACGCGUACCGCUGAGCGUGGCUUCGGAUUUUCCAUUGUGUGGACACAUCCGCCGCGUGUCGAAAAGAUUGAACCAGGGCUCUCAGCUGAUCGGGCCGGCAUACAGCCGGGCGACUAUGUGAUCUUUGUAGACAAACAAAAUGUAGUAACCAUGCCAGAAGCGGAUGUGCUCAACUUAAUACGUUCACAAGGUUCUACGCUGACGCUAGAGGUUUUUAGACGAACCGGACCCGCCGGAGGUGUAGGACUCGGCUCUAUGCCACCUGCGCUCAGUGUUAGCAGCCGCGGCCAUCCACCUGCACCGGUAAUGAAUGGAAAAGCCACACCAAAUACGCGUUUAGCUAGUACCGCAAGCGAUGAGCAGCAGUCAGUUACUGGUGGUCCAACGCUUUCAUCACGCCGUGUCGGCGUGCCGACUGCGGCACCAACAAUAACUGCAGGACCAUCAGCAACAUUUGCUGUCACGAACGUACGUCCGUCCACAGCCUGUUCCGGCGGCACUACCUCGUCCAUUGAGGCGGCGAAGCGGCGACUGCACCUACCGCAGGUUACGUUCAGCAAGGAGUCUAUAGGGCCGAUUACAGAUAACCGUCGCCGUUUACUGUUGCAACUGAUCAGCCGCGAACAGAACUUUAUCGCAGCGCUGCACUUCGGCAUGCAGCGUUUCGUUCAGCCGUUGCAAGACCGCAAAGAUCUCAUAUCGCCAAAUGAUCAUCGGACACUCUUUCAGAACAUUGACGAGCUGUUGCGCAUCUCCGAGGAUAUACUGGAACAACUGUGCAAUGAUGAUCAGGAACCACAAAUGAACUUUGCCUCCCGUGUGUAUCUUUCCAAAACCACCGCUAUUUGUGCGGCCUAUAAAAAGUAUUGCAAUGGCAUCAAGCGAGCUGACUGUGUGCUAGUGAACAAGUCGCGACAAAUGGGCUCGGAGUUCGUUGCCUUCAUUACAGAACCACAAGUGCCGCGAAAACGCCCAGAUCUUACGAUGUUUAUUCAUAGACCCUUGCAGCAUUUUCGUGAAAUAUUGAAGCUAAUGCAACUGCUCGCUUCCAACUGUCACGUUGAUACCGAGGAACAUAAAAAUUUCACUACUGUAAUCGCUGAGCUUCAGGCUGCGUAUCGCGAAAUUACUGUGAGCAGUGGCUUAAUGGAGCCGCUUGGCGAAGGCCGGCCUUUGCUCACGUUGCAAGAUCUCGAGUCCCGCAUGGUCUUCACUAAGUGCAAACCAUUCACGCUGGCCGUACAAGGACGCCAAUGGAUAUUUGGUGGCGAUCUGUCACGCGUGGAAGGCCGCUCCGUGAAACCCUACUGGACCUUGCUCUUUAGUGAUAUCAUCGUGUUUGCAAAGGUCAGCCGAGACCGCGUCUUAUUCAUAACCGAGGAGCCUAUUCCAAUUGCGAAUAUUGUAGAUUCCUGUUUUCAUAUGCGUAAAAAAACCACAGAGUUCCGUCUUACAGUCGAUCCGAACGGGCGUUUGGCCGAGAGCCCAACCGGCUAUUGUGCACCGGAUCUUACUCGCACACCCAAGAAAAGUGCUCGUCGAAAGAGUCUUCUGCUGCGAGCGCCCUCUUUAGAGCUAAAAGCUGUCUGGCAGAACCUCUUACAACGUCAAAUUUUUUUGGUAAAUGCCGCCCUUGGAUCGACGCCGCUCUCAAGUCCACUAGAUUCUCCCGAUGUGCUUAAUACUCUAGUGCCACUUAGUGAUAUCGGAAUUGCAUCUGCAUCCAUUGGCUCGAUCAAGCACUCAUCCAUGGACAGCAUCAACGCAAAAAACAGUCAGCAACAGCAGAAACGUCAUUCUAACGCAUCGGAGCAAAUAGAAAUGUUAAUCGAUGAAAAGUGUCGCAUCCUAAACAAGACUGGCACUUCCAAGUCGAAUGCUCUUCAUCUUGCCAACUGGAUGAAAGGUCAGCUGGACAAACAACAGGAGCAAGCGCGACUGGCAGCGCAGCGUUCACGCGAGAACAUCAGUCAUGAAGAGGAGCACUUACUCUAUCCGGAGAAUGAUCAAGAUGAGCGUAUAACCUUUUGGACAAGGCAGCAGCUUGAGAAGCGCACCAAAGAACUAAAUUUGGCCAAGGAAAAUGGUAGUAUGAAGGCCCGGCCGAAUUUCGGCGGCAAACGUUUAAGUGGCGUGGAAGAGCUUAGCAUGAGUGAUGCCUACUCAGAGAACGUGAGUCAGUUGAGUCAAUCUCACAGCACCACUUCUGGUAGUCAGAUCACCGUACGCUCUAGUCCCAUUGUGCUUGAUAAGCUAGCAGUCUGCCGUCAUUGUCAUAAGAAUUGCCAACAAGCCGCUUUGGGUCUUCAACAGUCAAUGUCACCCGCUAUGUCCGCCUUACACGCGCAACGCUCGGCCAUUGGCGCAAUGAUCGCCGAAGGUAGUGUAGGUGGUGGUAGUGGCAGCGGACUGGUGUGUACGUCACUGAAGGUUCAACAUAGCCAGUCGUCACCCAAUCGCUGCUGCAGACUCAAUGGGAAUGCUAGUCAGGCUGGCAGCUCCACUAGCAUAUCAUCGAGUACUAUCACGGGCGAUCAGCCCAGCGAACACUCAUCCAAGGUAGUGGCUAGCAGUAGUAAACGGGAGACCGGUGAUACCGAAAGUGAUGUGGCUCAAUUAAUAACUGACGAUCUUUCGCAAUCAGAGGCUACGGACGACAGCAUCGGUGGAAUACCCAGUAGCAGCAGCGGAGUCGCCGGUGUCGAUGAAAUACAACGCCGACUCACCGACAGCUUCAGUAAAUUACGAAUUCUAGACGAACGACGUGAGGCUAAAGGUUUGGAUGUCAAGCCUGGACCACAGCCUAUGCCUCGAAUACAGGACCCACAACAUAUUCAACAGACGGUAUUUAUGAAUGGAUAUUGUUUAUCGAGCUCAUCUAGCGGUGAUAGAGACAAUGAAAAGAAAGCAGCUGGCGACAAAAAACCACAACCACAGCCAAGAACAUACCGAGUUACAUUACAAACUGCUACGAAGGAAACAGCAAAGGAAGCCGCCGACAAACAGGUGAAAACCAUUGUUACCAUUACAGAAACAGCGCAAAUAAUCCGUACACAAGAGCAGGAUCGAAUGCAGGAGCAGGAAAGCGCGCAUUUUGUGGAUACGAGUCGCACUACAACGAAAAGCCCAAAGUCUCCACAUAUGCCUGUCAUAUUAAAAUCUCCUAAGUCACCUGGCGCACCGGCCUCAGCGGCUCGGUUCAUAGCAUGCAAUUGUCAAUGCACACCCGCUGAUUUUCAAAAUACCACACUCAGUCCCGAUGAGGUGGAACAGCAGACUUGCAAACUGAUCGAUUCACCAAAGCAGUCACCUCAAAUGCCACGUCAACUGCAGUUGCAGGGAUCAGCGAAUAGCAUAAUAACUGAAAAGACGCACAAGGUCUGCAAGUGCAUUUGCGGUGACCAAUCAUUGGUUACAGCAAAGAAUGAGCACUCAUCAUUCCCAUUUAACGGUUUAUCGGCGAGACAAUUUGAUAUAAAACUCACACCCACUACUCCGCUGCCAACACCAACGUCUACAUCAGCACCAGCACGCCCGUCCGCCUCCAUGCCCACCAGCAACUUCGUGCCCACUAUCGCUGUUGUACCACCCACGCCUGAGGCGUUGCUUACAAUGACCUCGACGAAUGUUUGGGAUAAUAGCGGAACAAAUUUAACAACUAGCACAACAACUCAGCUGCAGCUGAACAACACACCCGGCCAGGCGGUUAUUGAAAAUAUUCCAGAGGACUCUUGCGAUGAAUCGCCCCUAGACGAAGAACCGCCCUAUCGUCCGAUGAAUAAUGCCCUACGGCGCUACGGCACUAUGUCCAGCCUGGAGAAACUGCCCUCAGAUGAUCGGAUGGACGGCGACUUAGACGAAUUAGAAAAUGAUGAUGAUAAAAGCGAAGUGCCUGGCGAUACUGAAGAAGAUGAUGAUGAUCUGGAUGAUAAAGCACGUGCCGAUACGGUAGACAAUAUGUGUGAAACCAGCAAGUCUAGCGUAUACAGCAACGAAGUGGUGGCUGGCGGUUCAUGUGUACUAGUGGGUGGUGUCUGGACAAGUCGAGCAAGCGGACUGGUGGGCGGCAACAAAAUGUCGUUUUUCGAGGAAUCACGAGCAUUUAUCGAUAAAUAUUUAGGAAGGUGGAAUCAAGAACAAACGACUUCCUCACCUGCUGCCACUACUUCCGAAACAGACGAACAAGUCGACGAAUGCACCUCGGGUGCCACAUCGGGCGAGGAAGUGUGGGGAACACCAACAAGUGGUGGAGACAAUGACGAUAUGCAUCUAGUAAACUCGGAAAAUACAUACUCAUCGCCUACCAAGUCAAGCAAUUCACUAAAUGAUGACGACGAUACCGAGCUAAUGAUGGACGAACUACUUAUGGCGCCACCAAUGACUGCAAGCACCAUUCGAGGACUAUUGCCACGACGUCGCUUAGAGCCACUUUUUGAGGAGGAGACUGAGAGCGAUGAAGAAAAGACCCAGCAGGAAAGUGAAGAUGUUAAAAAGGGGGAAACAACGACAAAUGGCCACUAUUUAAAGGAUUCAGCUGGAAGCUCAAGCGACGAGGAUCUCUCGAUCGAGAAGAGCUACGAAUUGGAGCUGGAGGAGGAGAACGUGAACCCAACGCCAUACGCCCCGAAGGCACAACAUAUACAUGGUCAUAUUCCACCGCCGACGUCAAUUCCGACGAGCUGGGAGCAGGCGUUCGCGCAAUCCCAACUUCCUCUUAUGGCCAGCAAGGUAGCUCUGCCAGUCGGUGUUCUGAAGGCCUCAUCUUGCGAGUACCUACUCGAACAGCGUACAAUGGUCCCACUGCGUACAACCAGCAUAACCAGCAGUCCACCAACAGUGAGAGCCAAUUCGGCAACACCAAUGAAAGCAACAACUCUGCCAUCGGCGAAAGUAGAAGUGGAAUUGGGGGCGGCGUCACAGCAGACUGUCACGAUGGAAGUGGAGAUGAAAGCGACGAUGAGGAGUACUACUACUAUGAUGAUGACGACGACGCGGACGAUCAAGACGCCACCGUCGCCACGGAAUCAACCUCCUUCAUCGAUUUCUACAACAAUCAACAGCGCGAGCGCCAGUACCGUGAAAAGCAGUUGCAACAACGGCAGUGGGAGUACCCAAACUACAUCCACAACAACUGUACGACCGGCGAAAUUCGUACCACCGCCACCUCCACCGCGCCGACUAUUACUAACACAAACAAAUUUGCAGACAAGUGGCAUGGACAUGCCGAAGGCGCCAGUACCACCUCAACGAAGUUCUGGCGCUUCUGCUGACGUUGGCUACUCAGCGGAUGUAAGCACCGCCGGCGAAAGUACAAAUGCAACGCGCGCAGCCGCUAUGCCUAUCACAAAAGUAGCACCGUCGGCAGCGAUGGGGAAGGGGACAGCGAACCAGAAAGCAGCCGGUGGCAAUCUGCGUUCUGCUGUCGCCGCAGCCGUUGUACCAAAGCGGGUGUCUUCAACGAUAAUAGAGACAUCACUGCUGGGAUCAGGCACCAGCAAGGCAGCCUCCACAUUAUCAACAACAGUUUCGAAGACGACGAAGGAGUCAUUGCAGGAGGAGCGACAACAACAAACGCAUCCGUUCCAGAAAAUCCCAACCGAAGUAGUGACGAAAUCAACGGUAACACAAUGCGGCAACGAAAGUUCAAAAUCGGACGUUGUCCCAGCGCCCAUUGGUUCGGGCUUAAGUCCGCGUCUAGAAAUGCGAUUGGCACUCAAUCACGACAUUCUCGGCGACGAAGACUUAAUUUGUUACGAUCCUGGUCCGGAUCUAACAAGAAUAUUGGGGCACGACCUAUCCACAUUUCAGCGACGGACGGGUCGCGAUUUAUUGAGUCGUUCAGCAACGAAUCGCGUUCAGCCAAAAGAGGCUGUCAUAUCGUUCUCUCAACAGCGAAACUCGAAGAUGGACACUCCGACUGUGAACCGACGUCCACGUCCGACUUACGGCAACGUCAGCACUUCUCUAACGACAGGUUUGGUUGGUGGCGCACGCGUCGGCGGCGCUCCACAACCCCUGCUUCCAAAUCGAAAUACAUGGAGCAAUUCUGUAUCUGCGGAUCAGAACAGCGGCGUCUACGCAAGAGGCGACGAAAACAGCAAAAACUACAAUUACAGCAGCGACGAGAGCAAAUUAAGCGAUCUCGAAAUCUUAGCGAGACGCGAGAAGACAUAUUGCAUGUCUCAAUUGAAGAGUGGCUCACGAGUCAAGACGAAGACGACGGCGACGGCUACAACAACCACAAUGGCAAUGGAAACAAUGGCGGUGGCGAUGAACAGAGAUUCCUUGACAAGUCCUCAAGCGACGAGGAAGAGUACUUCUUCGAUGGGCAUGGAGAUUGAAUCUGCUAAUGUGCGAUCACGUAAGAUCGGGCGUGAUGAGAGUGCGUUGAUUGAAGCGGGCAAAGGAUCUCGACUAAUUAACUUCAUAAAACGACGCAACUCGGAAAGCCCGACUUCUCCGAACUGUUCUCAGAGCUCACUAAGUGAAUCUAACGCAAGUGGUACACCAGUCCAUCGUCUCGCGGUACAAAUGUCACCACGAAAAGAUAAUGAUAAACCUUCGCUAAAUCGCCGUCUAUGGAAGCAGAUCACUAAACGACGGCGUGCCAAUUCUGUCUCGGAAGUAGUUGCCAGCUAAUUUUACACACAUAUGUCGUCGUGGGUGAUGAACGCAAGAGCUAUUCGCACGAUUCCACCGCUACACGUCCCGGGCUAAAUAUAUGCUAUUUCCCUAGUGGUAGAUACCUUUUCCAAAGCGACCUCUAUAGACUUAAAAAAAAAAAGCGAAAUAAUCGAGAAAGCAAAGUAUUGGAAUAUUUUUUGUAGAACGUAAGCGUAGUUGUUGUUGUAAUUCCGUAGGAAAGGUUAAUUCUGGCGAGGAACUGCUUUAGUUUAAACAAGUUGACUUAUCGAAAAAAUAGUGGUACAAUGUUCGGAUAUUUGUAGAGUAUUAAGCGUAUUUUGAUAGAUUUGUAAGCUUCAGAAAUGGAGUUAGCGAAGACAGAGCAUAAGCAAGCGAUCGGUAACGUAAACAUAUUAUACAGAAAUGACCAAUUAAAUCGGCGUUAGGAAAAUUUUAAAUUCGGAAUAUUUUAUUAAGCAAAGCACAGGUUAUUUUCGGUGCACUUAACAAUAAAUCUCGGGUGUGUGAGUGCGUGUAAAUCCGACAAGUUGUACAUGCGGUUUUAGGUAUUUUUUAAUAAAGUUUGGGCGUUCUACUUAUAUACGAUUAUGCACGUAGAAAACAAAUAAACAGUAGAUAUGUAACUUUGUCCAAUUUAAUGCAAAUCGGUCCAUUUAUUUGCGCUUCUUGUGCAGUGAUAACACGCUUGUCCAUAAUUUAUUGCACAUGCACAUACGUCACUAAAAGACUCAGCAACUUCCUGCCACUGAAGGUUUAAAUAAAGACGAAAGUAGUAAACGAAAGUUUACAUAUAAACGGAAACUUACAGAUAAGAUAAUUUAACUUAAUCUCAUAUAACAUUUUAUGCUGUUUACUGAUUUUUGGCCUUAGGCGCUGUGAAGCAAACUUUGGUUGGAAUAUUCAUGAAAAUAGUAAUGUCAUCUACUUCGGUAAUAAAGUAUUUGCAAUAAUUUGUAGUUGAGGCUUUUUAUGCAGUUUAGGGUUUUCAUUGAGCUUUCAUAAGUUUGCAGAAUGCCAGCAGUGUAAUGAAAAUAGAAAAAUUGUCACAGUCAGCUUCGAUAAUUAAACAAUUAGGAAAGGGUCUUUAAUAACUUUAAGCUAAUAGUUUUCGCACCUUUCCGGCGAACACGGCGGCUUAAUACGGUAUUAUUAGCUACACGCCAAGUUGUGGAAAGAUCAAAGAAGCUGAUCAAACAUGACAUUUUAUUAUUAAUGAUAUUCGAAUGCAAUUGAAACACAUUACAAAUUCAAAUUACUUUAAUUAAUAAAUGCAGAGAAGUACUCGGACGUUCAUGCGAAUUUUUAAAUUAAAACAAAAAAGAAAAUUAACAAAAACUCAAGUUUAAGCUUUAAUGAAAAAAUCAGUAAAAACAAAAUAUUUCAAAUUUAUUAGGUAUUUUGAAUACAUAACUGCAUUGAUAUUGAAUUAAUUCAAAUUUUACGGUAUUUGAAAUUAAAAAGAGUCCACGAAUGAAAAAACUAAAAACAUAGCUAUAAAAACAGUACAACUGUUUAUUAUGAAUAAAUAACUAUAUGUAGAGGUAAGAGAAGAAUAAUCCAUAAAAAUAUUUAAGAGAAAAUCAUAUUGCUGUAAUCAAAAUGGAUAUUUUUUUUAUUAGAAAACUUCGGUAAUGAUAAUAUUUGCAAGCAAUUCUUUAACAUUGUGAAAUUUUUAAAUCAUUCCUUAAUUGGAAGCACUUAAAUUCUUUACAGAAUAGAUGUUAUGUAGCAAGUUGGUGGAGAGUUUUUGGUAUUUUUACUGUUUAGCACUUUGUUCGUGUGAGUGUCUUUAGUAAAUUUAUGAUCAAGUAUAAUAUUUCGCAAUAUAUAAGAUUAACAUACAUAUGUAUCUAAUGAAAAUUUUACUUUAUUAAUAUAUUAAUAAUUAUUGAAUAUGUAUACAUAUUUAAUAAUCAAACAAGCAAAAAUAAAGUGUAACUAAUUGAAGAAAAAAUCA